GUGGGGAAAUGCUCGGCGGACCGUGAAGCGUAACAGCAAGAAGGGGGACAAAGACGCACAUAGCGGGACAAAAUGCGACAGAUAGAAACCUCUUCCAAGUAGGGGGGGGGGGGAAAUAAAAACAAGACGGAAAACAUCGGAAUGCGUGGAUGGAUGUUAAAAGUGGUAGAGCUGGAGGAUUCGGAACGAACAAUGGCAAGAAAGAUGAGUUCAAGUGGCUUGGCUGCCCGUUAACUUUGGAUGGCCCCGCGGUGCGUUGCAGCGCCCACCUCGUAUCGGCACCGGUGGCACGGGGGCAGACGCCGACUGCGGUUCGGAGCCCCGUUUCGCACUUUUGAAGCGACAUGCUUCCCGGAAUGACGCUCUCUGCGCUUUUCCCCUCUUUUUUAUUUGCAGCCACGCGUGGUGAUUUCCCCGUGUCAGGUCCGGACCGAGAAGGAGGCGAACUCCACUAACGUGCGAGUUCGUGGAUGAUUUUCUAAAGGAUCAAAUGUGUUUGUUUUUUUUUCCCCGACCGUGCUGGUAGCAAACUGUUUGGUUACGAAACCCCAUGUAUGGAUUACUUAUGUGAACUCCAGUCUGUGAGAUUCAGUGUGUAAUUUGUCCUUAUCCUAAUGUGCUGGUGGAGAAAGUGCACGUCGCCGAUCUAGAACUCCAUCCAAGCAUGAAAUGCUGGUGCAGCGCCCUGGCACUUCUCCCAUGGGUGCUGGUGGCCAUAGAUGCCCAGCUAAUCUGCUGGCAGGCGCUCCUUCGGUGCCACGACGAACCCGAAUGUGACCUUGCUUACAGUCAGUACUUAGCGGCUUGUGAAGGGAACAUCAGAGGGACGAGGAGGCAGUGUCCGAGCCACUGCAUCAACGCGCUGAUAAGGCUGAAUCACACCCGCAGCGGGCCCGACCUGGAGACCUGCGACUGCGCCCAGGACCUGGAGUGCCUCAGCGCCAAACGAGCCAUAGAGCCGUGCCUCCCCCGCAGAUACCCGAGCGAUGCCGGGGGGAUAGGGUGCAUGGAGGCCCGGCAGCGCUGCGAGGAGGACAGCAACUGCCACACCUCCCUCACGGCCUAUUUGUCAUACUGCGGGCAGCUGUUCAACGGCAGGAAGUGCUCGUCCAAAUGUAAAGCCACCAUUCAGCAGAUGCUGUUCAUCCCAAAUGGCAUGCUGCUGAACCGCUGCGUCUGCGAUGGGGUGGAGAGGCCGUUCUGCGAGGUGGUCAAGGAGAACAUGAGCAAACUCUGCUCCAUAGGAGACCACAACGUUAUCUCGGACCAGCCUGAUGUGGACGACAUGUAUGAGGAUGAGGACUAUGACCCUAAAAAUGACAGAGAGGAGGUGUAUACUGAACACUCCUCUGCUUCCCAGAGGUUAUCCAGCUGUACGACGCUCCUGUUUCUUCCUCUAGCGCGGAUAUUAUACUGAGAUGAUGGGUACUUGAAACAUUUGUUGGCUUUAUCGAUGACAGUGUGACGCUUGGGGGAGAGUGGCUGAUCAGGAGUGUAUGGUCACUCCCCGGAUUCGACAGGGACUCAGUGACUUGCUCAGAGCACAGCGUUGUCCUUGCUGGAUAAGGAAAGUUAUUUUUUUAUAUUUUUUUUCACCCACAGGACUCCCUGCCAUGCCAUCAAUUGCAUGGAGACAGAGAGCACAGUAGUGAUUUGUGUAGGCUUUCCACAACCAUACAAUUUGCAUAGUAAUUCCUCUCCGUGCACAUCUCACUCAGGAAAACUGCUCUUUUGAUUUGUGAUUCAAAUCCUCCCAUAGAUGGCCUUGCAGUACUCUGAGUGAACUUUUCGCUGAGGAGAGGAAAGCCUGUUGUCAAAAAUACUUUCAGGUGGUGAUGGGAGGAAAUAAACCAAAACCAAACUUUUUUUUGCAGGGCAUUGCCAUUUUGUGUGCCUGUAAAAAGCUCCUGUUUGUUUGGUUUGGUUUCAAUGCUACUUGGAGUGUGGCUUUAUUAAGACCUUAGACAAACAUUGGACCCAUACAGUCUCUGUUUGCUCUGCUCUCCAUUUCAGGGGCCACUGCAUUGUUGCAGCAACCACACUUCAAAUAUUUGUGGGAACAGUCAGAGGACAGGCAGGGGUGUGGGAUCAAGUACUUAAAUUAACUGAAGCGCCUCUCUAGCACUCUGUCUGGGGCCCCUCCCCCAUUUGAGAUUGUUUUAUUGAACUUUUCCUGUGACCCCCCCUCCACCCCAACACCCCUCCUUCAUCCACUCUACUGCCUGCCCCCUUUCACGCCUUUAAAAGACCCCUGUCUUUACUACUGCUUUCACACUGAAUCAACAACCCAGGAAAACCUGUCUGCCGCUGGUGUGACUUAAGUUUGUCCACAGCACUGCUCAUGACAGGAGGUCCACCUGGUCUGACACCGCUUGGUUUUGUUAUGCAUGGGAGAAUGCAAUUCUACACAGUGUGAUUUGAGCGUAAGCUGUUGCAAUGAGUGUUCAUAAGCUCACUGAACAAUUAAAGUUAAUUUUAUGGGUAUUAAGGAUUAUGAUUAAGGACACUAAGUCAUGCUCUACCUUAUUGAAUCUCCAGCACUGCCGGAACAACACAAUAAUCAGUGAACAUAGCAGUGUCACGACAGUGUGUGAACAGCGACAACAACAUAUUCACUCAUGAGAAGCAGUCUGAUAUGAAUGGUCAAGCACAGGUUGAAUGUAUGUUAAUUAUUUUUUCAAACAGUGUUUGUUAAAAGAGUUGAGAGCUUGAAUGUUUUAACAUGCAGGAUUUUCACUAAGUGCUUUCUAAAUAACUUGCACGGGCACAGAUAAAGGUCACAAAUUCCUUGCAAGGUUAUUCCCCUCACAACAUAAGUACUUUGAAGACUUUCAUUUUGUGUGUAUUUGUGUUGUUGCACACAUUUACAUAAGGAGAAGCUCUGUAUUGCUACUGGGAUCAAAAACAGGGCUCAUGUUAUCUGCCUGAAGGUCCAAAACAAUAGUCCAGGGAUUCAAACCAGCAGCCUUUCAGUCUUACAUCUUUCUUCUACUGUUCCAUGUUAAGUUGCUUAGCAAAACAGGAAAGUAAAAUCAGUGUUUCUAUUAGUAUUGGUCAAUUGAAAAUUAAGGUGCCCAUUUGUGUCUCUGCCACUUGAAAUAGUGUCAAAACUAAUCUUUUUUUUGGUAUGAAGUCUUGAACAAUGUUGGCAAGUGUUAAAUUAUGAAGCUAGAAUAUGAAGAAUGUGUAUAUAUUUUACAAUUAUAUGCAGUAAAAUAAGCCAGUGUGUGGCCACUGGCACGUACAGCAAAUGCAUUUAAUACAUAACACAAAAAUGUAGCACAGAUGUCCAAAAAGCCUGACAUGAUUUAGAUUUUCCAAUUUUUCAUCUCAUCUUGCAGACACAUAGCAAUAAACACCU